AAAAAAAUGUCAAUGUCAAAACAAAAACAUAUGAGUGCUUUUAUAAUUUACCAACUUACAUAUUUUUAAAUUAAAAUGAGAUUAUCACUUGUAUUGUUCCGACGUAACCGCAUGCCUAAUGGCCAUAUAUUUCGUGGAAAAGACCGUUUAGUUAAGAAAGUGGAACCUAAGCAUUUACGCAAAAUGCAGCAGGAAUUAGCUAUUGAAGAGCAAAACAUGUUCUAUCUGAGGUUUCCUUACCUCACAGAGGCUGAAAGUGCAGGACAUGCUAAAGCUCUCGGGAAACCUGAAAAGCGAACAGAACAAGUCCUGAGCAGCAAGGCGAAGCUGUUUAAAGAGGAUGUCACAUUGUAUGAACGCCUUGGUCAUCUCAGAGUAAAGGAAUCAUGGGAUUAGUUUAUGAUAAUUUAGUUUAUGCUUAGUUUACUUGUAUAGUUAGAAAUAUAUUGAGUUCAAUUGAAA